UUAACGUUUAUUUAUUUUUGAGACAGAGAGAGACAGAGCAUGAACAGGGGAGGGUCAGAGAGAGGGAGACACAGAAUCUGAAACAGGCUCCAGGCUCUGAGCUGUCAGCACAGAACCCGAUGCGGGACUCGAACCCACGGACUGCGAGAUCAUGACCUGAGCCAAAGUCGGACGCUCAACCGACUGAGCCACCCAGGCGCCCCUGUCAUCACUUGCUUUAACAUGGGAAAGAAUGAGACUGCCAGGCUCCCAGGGACGUCACGACUAGCUCUGUGACGCAUCGUCAGGGAGUUCCGUAGAGAUCACGGGCUCCUUUAUGACGUCAGCAGCCGGGCCCAGAUAACAGAGGAGGUUAGAUCCCGCCGGGGGGCCCGCCAGCUGCACGCAGGGUCCGUGAGGUCUCCGCGGCGCACAUUGGCUGAAGGAGGGCCGAGAGCCUUGGCAGCUGCGGCGGCGACUUUGGUGUCCGUGACAGGGUGCCCCGGGGUCAGGAUGCGGCGGAGCCCCCGCCCGGGCUCGGCGGCGUCCCCGCAUAAGCGCACGCCCAACUUCUACAGCGACAACAGCAACAGCUCAGUGAGCGUCACCUCGGGGGACAGCAGCGGGCACCGGUCAGCUGGGCCGGGGCCCGGGGAGCCCGAGGGCAGAAGAGCCCGGGGCUCGAGCUGCGGUGAGCCCGUCUUGAGCGCAGGAGUGCCCGGAGGAACCACAUGGGCUGGAAGCCCUCGGCAGAAGCCUGCGCCUCGGAGCUACAAAGGGCCGACCGCCUGUGGCGCGGCAACCGUGAGGGGCGGGGCCUCGGAACCGGCUGGCUCUCCCGUAGUCUCUGAGGAGCAGUUCGACCUUCUCCCGACCCUGGAUCUGAGGCAGGAGAUGCCUCCACCGCGCGUGUCCAAGAGCUUCUUGAGCCUGCUGCUUCGGGUGCUGAGCGUGUUGUUGUCCCUGGUAGGAGACGUGCUGGUCAUUGUGUACAGGGAGGUCUGUUCCAUCCGCUUCCUGCUCACGGCCCUGUCACUGCUGAGCCUCUUUCUGGCAGGUGAGGGGGUGGCGAAUCCCCUGGGGCCCCCGCCCUGGAUGCUUUGGAGCCAAACCCGGCACAUUUUCUCCUGUAUCCCUCAACACCCUGAGCACCUUCAACUGCUCACGGUCCCCUUCAGAGCCCCCUCAAGGCUUUUCUCUCCUCACUGUCCCUUUAUGCCAAGGAAACCCUCUCCCUUGGCUCCCCCUGAGACUACCCCUCUUUCCCCAGCACUGUGGUGGGGGCUGCUGUAUCUGGUCCCUCCUUUGGAGAAUGAACCUAAGGAGAUGCUGACUCUAAGCGAGUAUCACGAGCGCGUGCGCUCCCAGGGGCAGCAGCUGCAGCAGCUCCAGGCCCAGCUGGAUAAACUACACAAGGAGGUGUCCAGCGUUCGCGCAGCCAACAGCGAGAGAGUGGCCAAGCUCGUAUUCCAGAGGUUGAAUGAAGACUUUGUGAGGAAACCUGACUAUGCGCUGAGCUCUGUGGGGGCCUCCAUCGACCUAGAGAAGACAUCACACGACUAUGAGGAUGCGAACACUGCCUACUUCUGGAAUCGCUUCAGCUUCUGGAACUACGCUCGGCCGCCAACAGUUAUCCUGGAGCCAGAUGUGUUCCCUGGGAAUUGCUGGGCUUUUGAAGGCGACCAGGGUCAGGUGGUAAUCCGGCUACCGGGUCGCGUGCAACUGAGUGACAUCACCCUGCAGCACCCACCGCCCAGUGUGGCACACACCGAGGGAGCCAACAGCGCCCCCCGCGACUUCGCAGUCUAUGGCCUCCAGGUUGAUGAUGAGACUGAAGUUUUCUUGGGGAAAUUCACCUUCGAUGUGGAGAAAUCAGAGAUUCAGACUUUCCACCUACAGAAUGACCCCCCAACUGCCUUUCCCAAGGUGAAGAUCCAGAUUCUAAGCAACUGGGGCCACCCCCGUUUCACAUGCUUGUAUCGAGUCCGAGCCCAUGGCAUGCGAACUUCAGAGGGAGCAGGGGACAGUGCCACGGGGGAACCCCAUUAAACAUGCUGAUUGUUGGA